UGAUUUGACAGCGAGAUGGAUGAGCUCUCCAAGAGUCCAAGGCUAACAAAAGUCGUCCUUGUUUCUCUCCUUCAUAUGUUUUACGAAUUCGAAGGAUGUCGUGCGAUAUCCCUCGAUUUCGCUCGACAUGACCAAACUAACUUUUCUUCAGUCUCCUUAAAUAAACCAACACCCUCUCGUCAAAUUUUCGAAAAGCUAGCUAGCUGCCUGCUGCUCCAAAGAAAGCCAGCGAUGGAUUACGAAAGUCCGUGGCAAAACCUCUUUGAAGCAUCUCUAGCUCUACCUGCUCAUGAAUUUGAGGUUUAUGAGGAAUUUGAAACCGAUCAGAAGGCAAGGGUAAAUCAGCAAGCCUGUAACUACUUCUUGGCAGCAGGCCCAGCUAGUCCUCAUCAGUCUUCAAAUAUAACGGAUACUGAUAAGAAAGGACAGGGUCUGGAAGCAACUAAAGAUCAAGUUGCAAAGAAAAGAAAGAUUGACAAGGCAUAUCGUGAACGAUGCAAGAGAAACAAAAUUGAGACCGAGAGAAACUUGGAUCUGCUAAGGAAAGAAAACGAUCGAUUAAAAGGAGAGAAUGCCUCCUUUAAAACGGAAGCAGUUCGGACUAGACAAACUUUGCAAUAUCAAGAACAAGAGAUGAAGCGACUUAGGAAAACAAUUGUUCUACUGAAGGAGAAGCAUGAUAAACAAAAUACCGUUGUGGAGGUCCUUUCAAAACGACUAGCUGGUGCCAACGAUACUGAUCUUCAGCGUGAAAAUACACAGCUCAAAAAUAAAAUUGCUCUGUUAAGGAGUCAAGUUAAUGACCAAAACAAUUUGGAUAAACUCCAGCUUCAAGAGAAGAAUGCACAACUAGAACAUGACAAGAGUUCGCUUGAAGUGAUAGUUCAAGCAUUAUGUGAGAAGAUCAACAAUGAGAAGGGCCAUGAAGGAGACCAUGCAUCAUAAGGGAAUUCUAGCUUAGUUCCAAAAGGCAUUAUAUUGAUGAUGCUGUAGUUGUGAGCAUCACAUGGUUAAGAGUGUCGUGACUGUGUUUGGUGGUCGUUUUCAGUGGAUAUUUCCAACAAUGCACGUGGUUUGGCGAAGGAAGUUUAGGUGCUAUUACUGCUAGGCACCCAUGAUGAACAUCAGUGCUCGGCUCUUAGGCAAUUCAUGCAAAUUUUGAAAAUAAAGAUUUGCUUUGAGAGAUGGUGAUCCAGAUGUUGUUGGAAGCGAUAAAGGGUAUUGUCAGAGAGCAAAUAGGACUUGCAAUGGUAGGGGUAUUGGAUAGCAGCUCAAAUACUAUUAUGUUAGAAGUGAUAUUUUUUAAUAUAUAUGGAUUUGAGCAGCGUUGAGCCUUAAGCCCUAUUCUUUUAUAAA